UUCUUCUUCUUUGGAGUUUUAUUGGCAUGGCAGUAGCAAUGGCACUUCAAGUUGGUGCUACAAGUUCUUACUUACCACAUUUUUCGGCGUUGUGUUUAUCCGUCGGUGGCACUCUUGUAUUUGUGCUAACAUUCGCCUUAGGAGCUGGUCCAGUACCAGGUUUACUCCUCCCUGAAAUCUUCCCAAGUCGAAUUAGAGCAAAAGCUAUGGCUUUCUGCAUGUCUGUGCACUGGGUGAUAAAUUUCUUUGUGGGUUUACUCUUUCUGAGGUUGCUUGAGCAGCUUGGUCCUCGGCUACUAUACUCAAUGUUCUCUACGUUCUGUUUAAUGGCGGUGAUGUUCGUGAAGCGGAACGUGAUUGAAACCAAAGGCAAAACACUUCAAGAGAUUGAGAUCUCUCUGCUUGCCAAACCAUGAAUGUAUUUUCACACACUCCCUACGUCUGUUGUAUAAUCAAAUAAAGAUUGGGUUCUCCGUAGAGUUGUAUGAAAUAUUAAAUUUCACGUAAACGAAUCAACAGUGUCAAGAUUUGAACUAUUCUUAAUUUUCUCAAUAUAAAAAUGGUAACAUGGGAAUGGCUGAA